GCAAGGAGGCCCAACAUUCCCAGCUGAUAGGUGACAGCCACCUGCUCCAGAACUGCCUGUUGUCACUUCUGAAACAAACUUGGGAGCUCCUCUCUCCCGCACUCCACUCCCUAACCCUAGUCCGGCAGGCAGCGGCUUCUAGAACGCUCUAGCCUUCUCAACACUUCCUGCUCCUCGCCAACUCUUACUGAUGGAGCCGGGCGACCAGGCCGCUCACUUACCACAGCGCCCGCCCCUUGGGGGCCGUUCGGGGUCGUAUCCGCCAUGGGAGACACACAGGAGCCCGGGACGCUGCGACAGCAAAGAAGAGCAAAACGUCAGUGCUGGGCGACGACCCUCCGACCUGCUUCCAGAGCCGGUCGGAAUCCCAAACCUCCAGAGGAACCGACCCUCCCGGCCCCGUGAAGCACACGGCCGCAGAAGUCCCCCCACAGCGGCCGGGUAAUACCUGCCCCGCUCGGUCCAGACCAAAGCUGCCUUUCCAGAAAGACCGAAGCGAAGGCGGAGCCUCGGAGUAAGGCCUUAAAGGGCCGAUCGACGCCACCGGUUCCCGGGGUUGCAAAACCGGAAGUGAUUCUUUCGUUUCCGAGUGAGUCGGGCGGGACGUUGAGAGUCACCGAGAGUAGGUUCCAGAGGCAUGACGGGAAAUGUAGUUUUUCUCCUUGUUUUGAUUCCACCUCUCCUACGAGCCAAUUGGCAGGGAAAUGUUAAGUGAAACCAGCGAGGUCAUUUUUGUCUUAUCCAGCACUCAGGAGAUUUUCCUCGCUGGCUUCCGAACCUCAAAAAUCUCUUUACUUCCGUAUACAGAAGCUUCAGAAUUUUCUAAGAUCUCGGCAGACAGUGAUUCACCAAACCAUGUAUUUAGGUUCUUAUUUGAAACACCAAUGAAAUCGGCUAUGUGACAGACGCAUGGAGAAAAAAAAUGAACAUAACACUGACCUUCUGAGAGACAGUAGAGUAACAGCAAAUACGGCCAUAAGCUGGGUUAAUCAGGGGUUCCUGGAAAAAGUUAAUUCUGACCUUAAAAUCUUGAAGGAAAAGGAGAAGUUGUGUAUGAAAGGGGAAGGAGGUUCCAAAUAAAGGAACAGAGCAUAUAAAGUAACAGAAUAUUCGGGACAAUUUGGUGUGAGCUGACUGAAUGUAAAUGGCUUUGGGGGAUGAAAGAUUUGGACUACAGACAGGCAAGGUGUGCUAAGAAAAACAUCACACUGGGCCUGGGAGAAGUUGGAAGGAAAGGGAAAAAAUGAUGUCAUAUUUUUAAUUAAAAAUAUUUUUAAAAAUUUAUUUUUUAUAUAUACAGUGUCCUGCCUGCAUACAUGCCAAAACUUCUGAACUUAACCCUCCAGUCUAGAGAGUCAAGCUACAACUUUAAGCAGAAGUGUGACAUCAUCAGGAUUAGAAAGAUCAUGGGGAGGCCAUUGCACAGGACUAGGGAGAACAAUGAAAUCCUGCAUUGUGGUGAUGCUGUGGGAGAAAAAGGAAAGGAAAGAAGACCUGAAUGUGGCUUCCAUGUCUGGCUAGAAAAAGAUGCUCUGCGGAGUUGUGUGCGGUCUGUCUUAGCCCUCCUCAAUCUACAGCACGAGGUGCAAUUAGUACAGACGAGACUUAGGAGACGGAGAGAGUGGCGAUGGAGUGGAUACUUAAGAGAAAGAAUGACUUAUUCAAACUUGAGCUGAAUUCAUCUCUACGAGAUGGGAUAAAUGCACUUCGUCAUGGGGAGACAAUGUGGAAGUUAAGAUGUGGUGAGAAGUACAGUCGAAUAAAAAGUGUUUAU